GCUUCAUUUCUAGUCAUCUCUCCUAUCAACAACACAUAUUCCACACACACACACAAAUAUAUAUAUAGAGAGAUAGAGAAAGAGAUGGGUUCCCUUCCUCAGAUAGUAGAAGACUGUCUAGGUAUCCUCCAAGUCUAUAGUGAUGGUUCCAUUGUCCGGCCGGGUGACAUAGAAUUCAACAUUCCGGACCACGACGAUGGCUCUGUCCUAUGGAAAGACUGUCUCUAUGACAAAAAACACGGCCUCUAUCUCCGCCUCUACAAGCCGGUGGUGGCCCAGCCCACUUCCACCACCACCAAGCUCCCAAUUGUGUUCUUCAUUCAUGGUGGUGGCUUCUGUGUCGGCUCGCGAACCUGGCCCAACUGUCAUAACUGUUGCCUUCGUCUCUCUUCCGGGCUUCGAGCCCUUGUCGUUGCUCCGGACUACCGUCUGGCACCGGAGUAUCGGCUUCCGGCGGCCAUGGAUGAUGCAGUUUGUGUUGUGAAGUGGGUUCAGUCUCAGGCUGUGUCUAAAAGUGGUGCUGAUACAUGGUUGUGUGAUGGGGUUGUUGACUUUGACCGGGUUUUCAUAAUGGGUGACUCGUCGGGUGGGAACAUUGCACAUCAUUUGGCGGUUCAGUUAAGGUCCGAUUCGAAUGAGUUGGCACCAUUACGAGUACGUGGUUAUGUGCUAUCGGCUCCUUUUUUUGGUGGGACCGUUCGGACAAAGUCCGAGGAGGGACCCCCUGAGUCAAUGUUGAACUUGAACAUCCUUGACAGGUUUUGGAGGCUGUCACUACCAAAUGGAGGUACAGCAGACCACCCAUUGGCAAACCCCUUUGGGCCUCAGAGUCCAAGUCUUGAAGCAGUGGCACUUGACCCCAUUUUGGUGGUUGUAGGAGGCAGUGAAUUGCUGAAAGACAGGGCAGAGGACUAUGCAAGAAGGUUGAAAGAGCUGGGGAAGAAAGUCGAAUACGUUGUAUUCGAAGGGAAGCAACAUGGUUUCUUCACAAAUGAACCCUUCUCGGAAGACGCGGAUGGAGUGCUCAGAAUUAUUGAAACUUUCAUGUCUGAGAACUCUGGUUAGGAGUGUGUUCGUUCACUCAUGCGCUUAUCUUCUUAGGUUAAGUUGGCAGCAAGUUUACUAGCUGUUUGAUCUUUGGUAGUGUAUUUUGAGUUGUUUUAGUUUGAGGAGCAGUCUGGUUUUGAAGAUCUUGAUCUUCAUAAAAGUUAUAAGUAGCUUUGAAGAUGUGUCAAGUCUACAUUGUCACUACUAGUUUCUUAAUUUGUUGAGUGCAUGAGUCCUUGUACCUGUAAAAUUCAUGUAUGUUAUAUCUCCACAUUCUGCUCAA